AUGGACCAACCAGAGGCCCUCCGCUCCGGGGUGGGAGGCGGGGCAGGGCCGGGGUCCCGCAACCACACGCGUGUUGACCGCCACCGCCCGCCUGCCCCCAGCACGGAGGCCCACGCGGCCAAGGCGCGAGACCUACUCCAGGCCGCGCUCGAGGACCUGAGCCAGGAGCAGCUGAAGCGCUUCCGCCACAAGCUGCGGGACGCAGCCCUGGACGGCCGCAGCAUCCCGUGGGGGCGGCUGGAGCGCGCCGACGCCGUGGACCUCGCGGAGCAGAUGAUCCAGUUCUACGGGCCGGAGCCUGCCCUGGACGUGGCCCGAAAGACCCUGAAGAGGGCGGAUGUGCGCGACGUGGCUGCGCGACUCAAGGAGCAGCGGCUGCAGUGGUUUAGCCCCGGCUCCUCCGCACUGCUCUCCCUGUCGGAGUUCAAGAAGAAGUACAGAGAGCACGUCCUGCAGCAGCACGCCAAGGUAAAGGAGAGGAACGCCCGCUCGGUGAAGAUCAACAAGCGCUUCACCAAACUGCUGAUCGCGCGCGAGAGCGCCGCGCUGGUGGACGAGGCUCCGGGGCUCGCGGAGGAGCCGGAGCCCGAGCGCGCUCGGCGCUCGGACACCCACACCUUCAACCGCCUGUUCGGCCGCGACGAAGAGGGUCAGCGGCCUCUGACGGUCGUGCUGCAGGGCCCGGCGGGCAUUGGCAAAACCAUGGCUGCCAAGAAGAUCCUGUACGACUGGGCGGUGGGCAAGCUGUACCACGACCAGGUAGACUUCGCCUUCUUCUUGCCCUGCCGCGAGCUGCUGGAGCGACCGGGCCCGUGCAGCCUGGCCCGCCUGGUCCUCGACCAGUGCCCCCACCGCAGCGCGCCCGUGCGCCAGAUGCUCGCUCGCUCCGAGCGGCUGCUCUUCAUCCUGGACGGCGCGGACGAGCUGCCGCCGGGACCCGCCGACGCCGCGCCCUGCACAGACCCCUUCGAGGAGGCGGACGGCGCGCGCGUGCUGGACGGCCUGAUGAGCAAGACGCUGCUGCCCGGAGCCCGCCUGCUGGUGACCGCGCGCGCCACCGCCCCCGGGAGGCUGCAGGGCCGCCUGUGCUCCCCGCAGUGCGCGGAGGUGCGCGGCUUCUCCGACAAGGACAAGAAGAAGUACUUCCACAAGUUUUUUCGGGACGAACGGAUGGCGGAGCGCGCCUACCGCUUCGUGAAGGAGAACGAGACUCUGUUCGCGCUGUGCUUCGUGCCCUUCGUGUGCUGGAUCGUGUGCACCGUCCUGCGCCAGCAGCUCCAGCUCCACCAGGACCUGUCGCGUACCUCCAAGACCACCACGUCCGUGUACCUGCUCUUCAUCACCAGCGUCCUGAGCUCGGCGCCUGCCGCGGACGGCCGCCAGAUGCAGGAAGAGCUGCGGAAACUGGGCCGCCUGGCCCGUGAAGGUACCCUCCGGCACAGGGCGCAGUUCCCUGAGAAGGAUCUGGAACGACUGGAACUUCGUGGCUCUAAAGUGCAGACGCUGUUUCUCAGCAAGAAAGAACUGCCAGGCGUGCUGGAGACAGAGGUCACCUACCAGUUCAUGGACCAGAGCUUCCAGGAAUUCUUCGCAGCGCUAUCCUACCUGCUGGAGCAUGAGAAGGCUCUCGAGGCACCAGCUGACGGCAUAGGGGCGCUUCUGCAGGGGGACACCGAGCUGCGCGGCCACCUCACGCUCACCAUGCGCUUCCUCUUCGGGCUGCUGAACGCGGAGCGGCUGCGUGACAUCGAGCGCCACUUCGGCUGCGGCGGCAUGGUUUCCAAGCGCGUGAAGCAGGAUGUCCUGCGCUGGGUGCAGGAACAGGGCCAGGGUCACCCGAGGGCGGCUCCCGAGGGGACUGAAGAGACGGAAGCUCCGGAAGGCUCCGAGGAGCCAGAAGAGGAGGAGGAGGGCGAGCUCAGCUACGCGCUAGAGCUCCUGUACUGCCUGUACGAGACGCAGGAGAGCACCUUUGUGCACCAGGCGCUGCGCGGCUGGCCGGAGCUCCUGCUGGAGCGAGUGCGCUUCAGCCGCCUGGAUCUGCUGGUCCUGAGCUACUGCGUGAGGAGUUGCCCAGCCGGGCAGGCCCUGCGGCUGGUUAGCUGUGCGCUGGUCCCCCCGCAGGAGAAGAAGAAGAAGAGCCUGAUAAAGCGACUGCAUGGCAGCCUCAGCGGCAGCUCUUCACAAGCCACCGCGAGAAAACCCCAGGCCUCUCCACUACGUACACUCUUCGAGGCCAUGACUGACCAACACUGUGGUCUGCACAGCCUGACGCUGUGCCACUGCAGACUGCCGGACUCCAUCUGCCGAGACCUCUCCGAGGCCCUGAGGAAGGCCCCCGCCCUGAGGGAGCUAGGCCUUCUCCACAACCGGCUCAGCGAGGCAGGCCUGCGGGUGCUGAGUGAGGGCCUGGCCUGGCCGCAGUGCCGGGUGCAGAAGCUCCGGGUGUGGCAGCCCGGCCUUCAGGAAGCCUUUCAGUACCUCACCGGCGUGCUCAGGCAGAGCCCAGCAUUGACGACCCUGGAACUCGGUGACUGCCAGCUAUCAGAGCCCACAGUGACCGAUCUGUGUGCUGUCCUCCAGCACCCGGGAUGCCGCCUACAGACCCUCAGGCUGACCUCCGUGCAGCUGAGCGAGCAGUCCCUGAAGGAGCUUCAGGCAGUGAAGACAGCAAAGCCAGGCCUGGUCAUCACCCACCCAGCCCUGGACGGUCACCCCAGGCCUCCCGCAGGACGCAGCAGUGCCCUCUGAGUUCCUGAAGGCCGGGGGAGGGCUCAAGUCAGCCCUACGGAGUGGACUUCCUCAUCCCAAGGGCAAGAGGACACUGCUGUCAGCUCUGGGCAGCUCUUUUGAGCCUGAGUUGCUGGGGGCAGGCAGAUGGGAGGUGAGGACGCACGUGGUCCCUUACCUGGUCGGGGACAGGUCCUGGGACAUGCCCCUCCCCCCACAGCCUGGGCACAUGUUACCUCUCUGUCCUCCACGCCAGCGACCCCUCCUCCCCCAAGCCCCCACCGCUGCCCCACCCACCUGCCUCUCCUGGGCCCUCGCGCCCCCACCGCCGACGCCUCCAGCAAGAACAAUGGCACUGAGCGCCCCAGUCCUGGAGCGCCUGCCACAGGUCCGCCUGCACCUGGUGCGUCCCGCACAGACCACUGAUCCCACCCCCACCCGCACUUCGGGCCCCACAGUGCAACUCUGGCCCUGCUCCCGGGGGCCAUGUGGGGGCUGACCCUGACCAAACGUGGGCAGGUGGCCAUUCCUCCCCAGGGAUUCGGGUCUUUGACGCUGUCGCUGGGGCUGUGUGGUCCCAGUGCAGAGGUGUCCGCUCACGGCUAGGCCUUCGGGGAUGGAGCCCAGGGCGAGGCCUGGAGCAGCCGCCGGGACGGGGGGCGGGCUGUGGUGACACGGGGUUGGUAGGCCGCCUACCCCCACCCCACACACGGGUGACAUGUUCCGCUUUGGAUUUGCUUCUGUCGGCUUCUGUUGCACAUAGUCAAGCACCCUCACAAGGGCUCACCUCUUUUCUCUGGCCACCAACCCACCUGUAUGAGGGGGGCUCUAUUCCCCAUCGCCCGGGAGAGGAAGCCGAGUGAUGCCGGAGCCGAGCCACAGCACUCAGCCCCCCGGUGCUCGGGUCUCUGCUGCACACGGCGGGCCCGACCAGCUCCUCAGACCUCAGUCCGGGUGGAUGAGAACCACGGAGUCAACACCUUCCCUUCCUGGGGGGACGUCCCCUCCAUCAGCUCAAGUCCAGCGUUCACUCCACAAAACAGACAAAAAUCCCCGAGCCUGACAGGAAGAAAGACAAUAAACAUGUACAGACGGGCCGACCAGUGCUUUGGGGGAACAUGAAGUAGUGCAAAAGGCAGACAAUGGAGUCAAGGCUUUCGGGUUACAAGGUCAGGGGUCUGGGGAAGUCUAACGGAGGACAGGGCAUUGGAGAACAGAGGGAUGUGAGCACCAAGCCCUGAGAGCAUCUUGAAGGAACCUGCUCCAGGGAAAGCAAGAACCAAGUACAAAGGUCUUAGCCCCUCCUCUAUCAAGACAAAAUACCACACACUGGGGACUGGGGAAGGGUUUAUUUCUCGCCGUGCUGGAGGCUGGGACGUCCAAGGCCAAGGUGCCAGUCAUCCUGGCAUCUGAUGAGGGCCCUCUCCCUGGUGGCAGAGGGCUGUCCUCUUGCUGUCUCGUCACAUGGCAGAAAAGGAGCCAGCUAGCUCUUGGGCCUUUCCUGUGAAGUCGCUAAUCCCACUCCUGACAGCUCUUGACCUAAUUACCUCCCAAAGGCCCCACUUCCAAAUACGGUCACACUGGGGAUUAGAUUUCCGCUGAUGGAUUUGGGGGCACACAUUCAGUCCAUGCCGGGGCUGUUGCAGAAGCAGCAGGGAAGCUAGUGGGGCGCCGGACACUAGCGCAGGGGGUCAGGGCAAGUUCAGGGAUGCUGGCUCCUCCCCGUGAGGUGGGCACCACUGCAGGCUUCUGAGCCGAAGACACAGUCCCACCGGGUCAGUCUCGGGGUGGCUGUGGCCCAGUGUUACCAAGGACCAUAGAGGGCAGAGGAGAAGCACAUGGUGAGGGCUGUGUUUACCCAAGAGGACGACUUGUUCUCAGAGGUUGCAGUGGGCAAUGGGGAGAGCCGGCAAGCCCUGGCCGGCGCAGAACCACGGACUCGGGACUCGCUGGGUGGAAGUGAGUGUGGGCCCAGCAGGGGCCUGAGCAGCUGGUCCCCCGCCGUUUCCUACACCCGUACUGGGGGAGGUGGCAAGUAGAGCUGGUUCCAAGAGGUAUGUUGACUCGGAGUGUCUCUGGCUGAGCCCGGU